UCUUGAUAUCGCGGUGUACAUACUAUAUUUUAAAACGUGCUUUUAUUUGUAUUUAUGUUCGAUUUUAAUUUUACAUAGAUAUUUUUUAAUUCUUUAAUAUUCACUUAAAUAGUUAUGGAUGUUUUUGAAAUCAUUCUUGGAACUUAUGAAUCAUUUGUGAUUGGUGUAAAAUGUCGCUUUAAAAGUCAAAAGUCUAAAGAUCUAGAACUGGUCCAAUCAUUUAAUGAUCAUGUUCAUCAAGCUAGUAUCCGAUCAGUAUCGUGUUCGUCCAAGUAUAUGGCAUCAAGUAGUACAGAUGAGACUAUAGAGAUAUAUAAUAUGAUCAGGCGAUGUCAUGUACACACAAUACUACAGCACAGUGGCACAGUAACGUCUUUAGCGUUUACACCAGAUGAGUCACAUUUAAUUAGCACUAGUGAGGAUGGUUCAAUAGCAAUGUUUGAGACUGGCACAUGGAAGCUUAAAAAAUUAUGGGAUAAAGCUCAUAAAGGAUCAGCUGUUUCAUUUUUAGCAGUUCAUCCUAGUGGAAAAUUAGCAUUAUCUGUUGGAAAAGAUAAAACUCUAAGAACGUGGAAUUUAGUGAAAGGAAGACCUGCUUACACUACAAAUCAGUCUAGUAUGAGUGCUUAUUACUUUUUUGAUAAUAUCAUUUGGUCUCCAGCUGGACAGUAUUAUGGUUUACCGUUAAAUACUAAGUUAAUGAUUUUUAAUGUAGAAACUGCUGGUAUUGCUUGUACAAUUGAAGAUAAUCAUAAAAUACAUGGAGUCACAUUUAUAACCGAACAUUUGGUAUGCUAUGGCUCAGAAAAUGGUACACUGCAUUGUUAUGAUAUUAUUAAUAAAGAAAGUGUAUGGGAAAUAAAAAUCGGAGAUACUAGAGUAAAAUGUUUAAUUAAAGUUGAUAGUAGACUUGUAACAGCAUUAAGUGAUGGUCUUGUUACUGUAUGGAAACUCAAUGAUAGUAAGAAACCUAUUGAAAGUUGUUCGUUGUUUUUAGACUGCAGAAUUACUUGUAUUUGUAACAAUUCCUUAAGAAAAUCAAAGAUGGUAAAAGAUGAAUCUGACGAAGAAGCUGAAGAAGUUAAAGAUGACACGAUUAUUGGUACAAGUAUUCCUAAUAAGACACAAAAUAUUAAAAGAAAAUUGCCAACUGAGGAUAUUAAAAAUAAUAAAAGAAAACUACCAAUUAAUGGUGUUAAAAAUAAUAAAUUAAAACCUACGAUUAAGAAGAAAAAAAGUUUAUCAAACAAUUGGAAAGUUAGUGAGAAUGUUUAAUGUAUUAAAAAAUAUAAUAUGAUUGUAAUAAAAAAUAAUUCUUUAAUA